UCCCGUUUUAAAGCAUCGACAUGUGUAAGCCCCGCCCCGUAUGUGCAACAGUGACGUUAUUACGCGUUAUUCCCAGCACACACCGCGGCACGCCAUCAUCUUGAGACUCAGAGCAAGAUGGCGGAUAAAGCAGUGUCCCUGGCUGAGAAGAGGCUCAUGGAUGUCAAGCUUGGGCAGCUGCCAUCCUGGCUCGGAACAAGAGACUUUACCCCAAAUGGACUUCUUGGUGGAGUUCGCAGAGGAUAUGAGAGGUAUUACAACAAGUACAUCAAUGUGAGGAAAGGUGGCAUUGGUGGCGUGGCCAUGUUUCUUGCUGGUUACAUUGCCCUGAGCUACCUUUGGGAAUAUGAUCACAUCAAACACGACAGAUGGAGAAAGUACCACUGAAGCCCAAUGGACCAGGAGGCCACUCAGAUCUCUCUUCUGCAGCAGUGUGAUCACAGCACCUCUCAGCGUUCUCUGUUUGUGAUUAUUGUGACCAAUAAAAUAAUUGCAUUUAUUUAAA